UCUACCUCCCCCACUGCACCAAUCCAUCUGGAUAUGUGAAUGGUUGUUAAGCACGGGGGCGCUUGAUGUAUCUGUUCCACUCCCUCUGCCCUCAAACUGCCUACAGGUUGACAGCUCAGCAGGCUGAGAACACUAAGACCUGGACUUGAGGAUGCGAGGAUGCCAUGGUCGAAUGUGAACACAAGUCCCUCUGGACAUCGGACCACAUGUCUGGGUGGGGAUGGUGGCUGGAGCGCUGUGGCUAUCUGGGGAAGGACCGUCAUGGAAGGGCUAUGUGAGUGAGCAAGAGCUAAAACCCGGAGAAGCGGAGUCUGCACAGUGCAACUCUUAUGUGCGCUGGGCAUGCUCAGAAGAAGGGGGUUGGUUUGGGUCCGAAGUCGGAGGCAGGCUUCUUCAGCGACGUGCUAGAGCAGGAGUGCCCGCGAAGCCUUGCAGUGCGUUAGAGAAGAUCCCACUUUACCCAAGUAGGCGUGGCCCACGUUCCUCCAGAGACUGAGAGGGACAAGAAGUACAUGAAGUGAUGAAGCCCAGGGAAACACCUGAUGCUCCAACAAAGGAAGAGAAAAAGGAAGGAUUCUGAUUACAUGCAAAUACCUGUAGUAAUUGUUUUUGGAAAGCCACAGAACAAAUGAAUUAUGGACUUACAUUUCUCUAUAUUAGAGUCCAGCUGACCAUCUGGAUUAAAAAACAAAAGCAGCUGAUAGGUCAGGACACUAAUUUCUACUAGAAUACAAGGAUAUUGGUUGGCUUUUCAUAAACACUAAUCUCAAAUAGAAAGGCAUUCAAUGAAAGCUUACUGAGACUAUCUCCAAUGAGUAGAGGCUGAGAUCCUAAAUGAGUUCUGUUCUACAAUGCCUACCUGUUUUAGACAUGCAUUUGCCAAAAAUGGCAUGGAAGGAAAGUCAAAUGAAAUGAAAAGUGAUAAAGUGGGUAAACAGUGACUCACCAAAAGAAAAUGCAUGUCCUGGCUUGAUAACCACACCUUGAUAACUCACUUCAGUAAAGAAAGAACUAUUAACGCCCCUCCCCCCCCCAAACAAAAACAAAAACAACAAAAAAACAACAACUGGUUGUAGCUUCAGAGUUUUCCUGUAUAUUAAUUCAAGCAAUAGCACCUAGGGAAGAGACCUGAUCCAAUGAGCCUUCCUCAGCAAAUAAAGAGCAAUAUAAUGAAGAAGGUAUUAAAGUCCAAAAGUUCAGCAGCGGGUGCAUCUAGAGUUUGACACACCCAGAUCUGGUGAAGAGAGUCAAGGGGAACAACUACCAGUAUGUAAAAGCUCAGUGUGGAAACUGGAUUUGACCGUGUGCCAGAAAAGGAAGGUGAAGCAAGAAACCCCAAAGUAACUCUCAACCGUGAACAACAAAAGUCAGGGAGAUUUUGUAUUACUGAUAAGCCGUAAGUGGGAACAGCAGCCCAGAUAAACCCUGACCAUGGAGAACUCAGUGGCUUCUUGCGUCCUAUACUCAGGGGAUGGCAAGGUAAAUGGGUCGAAGUCUGGGGUCACCUUUAACAAAGGAUUAAGUGGAGAGAACGGGGACCAAACACCUGGGGAAGGGGACUUUCAGCGCCUAGACACUGACGAAAAGUGCCGAGAGACCAGAACCAACGGGGCGGAAGCGACUGAGCUUUCAGCACACACACCUUGCAGUCUCAGCUCGUCCUUGUGUUUUAGCUCCCUGAACAAAUCUCCACCGCAGCCUUGUGCAACUACGACUUCCGCGGCAGAGGGUACAGAAGUCUCCCCCCUCUCCUCUACUUGCAAAGGAAAUCGGGUAGUGAAGAACCAGUGGGAAAUCAACAGUUCUAAUGCCACGUCCGAGGAGUCGGGACAGGAGGAGGAGGAGGCUGCUAGGGCGGACCAGAGGAGCGCAACUCAGCCGCCGCCACCGCCUGUCACUUAUUGUAUCCAGACUGGAGCUCAGCCCAGGAAGGAACCGCUGCAGCUUGGGGACCCGGAGAGUGGUGUGGGGGAGGAGGGCGGAGGCGGCGGCAGCAUCGGCGGCGGCAGCAGCAGCAGCCGCCGCGGCAUCUGCAGCAUUGGCCAGAGCAAUGAUCCAGCGGGUGGCGCGUUGGGAGAAGAGCCGGACUUGGUGAUCGAGGUGGCUGGACGCCGCAUCCAGGCGCACAAGUCAGUGCUGGCUGCCAAGAGCGACUACUUCAGAGCGCGCUCGUCUAGGGAGAUCCUGCGGGUGAAGGGGGUGAGCUACGCGGCAUUGCGGCUUCUGGUGGAUUACCUGUACACUGGACAGAUGGGGGAAGUGAAGCAGGACAAUGUGGCCGAGGUGAUCGCCGGGGCGCGCUUCCUUCAGAUGCCCUGCGCUCUGCAGUGCGCCACUGACGCCAUGCGGGCGCAGCUUACCCUUAGCAACUGCUAUCAGGUACUGAGCCUGGCUAAGCAGCAGAGGCUCAGCGAGCUCCGGGAGGCUGCCUAUCGCUUCAUGAGCGACCACUACCUCCAGGUGCUGCGGGAGCCAUCAGUUUACGGCCGCCUGACGGGCUCCGAGAGAGACCUCAUCCUCCAGCGCAGGAUGGAGGCCGGCCGCAGCUGCCUUCUGGUGGCGGAGAUCAAUGACGUUUUUGAGCGGGUGGGCAGCCGACCCCAGAGUCGGGAGAGCAGCAGGCCCCAGAGUCCAUCAGCCUCUGUCUUGUCUCCAGGGGAGCAGCCACCUACCCCGCCUCCAGCCCCAGCCCCGGGUUCGUCUGAGGAGGAGGGAGGUCACAGUGACUCGGUCAUCUAUUACUACCAGGAGGCGGACAAGCAGUGGAAGGUCCUAACUCGGCUGCCUGAGGGGGCUAAUGCCAAAGGCUGUGCCAUGUGCGUUCUCUACAACUACCUCUUCCUGGCCGGGGGCAUCCUGCAAGGGGGACCCGAGGGGAGGGCUCGCCUGUCAGACAAGGUCUUCUGCUACAACCCAGUGACUGACACUUGGACCACAGUUCGGUCCCUGAACCAGCCCCGUUCCCAGCUGAAGCUGCUGGCCCUGGACGGCUACCUCUACGCUGUGGGGGGCGAGUGUCUGUUUAGUGUAGAGCGCUACGACCCCCGCGCGGACCGCUGGAGCUCCGUAGCUCCUCUGCCCAAGGGCGCCUUCGCUGUGGCCCACGAAGCCACCACGUGCAACGGAGAAAUUUACGUCUCGGGCGGCUCUCUUUUCUACCGCCUGCUCAAGUACGACCCCCGGCGGGACGAGUGGCAGGAGUGCCCUUGCAGCAGCAGCCGCAAGCGCUCUGCAGACAUGGUGGCCCUCAAAGGCUUCAUCUAUCGAUUUGACCUGUGCGGGGCGCGAGGGGAACCUCAAGCAGUGGCCGGAGCUUCAGCAGCCAGUGGUAGUGGAGGUGUCAACGUGUUCCGCUACCAUUGCCUUGCCAAGCGUUGGAGUCAAUGCGCUUCGAACCUGAGGCCGCCUGGUGAGCCUUUCGGGCUACAGCCUUUCCGCUGCGCUGCCCUAGAUGGGACAAUCUACUGCGUGAAUAGGGCCGGGGCCUGGCGUUUCAGCCUUUCGGAAGAAGGGGAGCUUGGUGAGGAUGGAGGCCAGAAAGGCGUCUUCGAGCAGGAGCAGCUCAAAGCCCCCUUUGAUGCUCGAGGGGUCCUCUUCCCCUUUGUGCUCACUCUGCCAGAGAGGUCAGACAAAGGGGAGCCUGGAGCACUGUAGGGGAAGGAGGAACAGAGACAAUCGUCAGAUCCCCUGGCUCAGAGUGCAUGGUUCCCUGUGGUCCAAGGGCCAUUUUGGGAGAAUAGUUGAGGGGGGAGUGUGGGAAAGAGGAAGAAGGUAGGUAUAUGGACAAGACUGUAAGGGUGGGGUCAUAUAAGGGUUCCCAGAUAAGGACUUGCCAUAGACUGAAGGAUAGUAUUCUUUUAAUACUUUCCCAAAGUCUUCUCUGCUUCCCUUGCUUCAGUCCUUUUUUUCUUUGCUUGAUGGGACUAGUUGUAAAUGCAGCCUAUAUCAGAUUAAUCAAAUUUACCUUUAAAAGCAAGACAAGUUUCCUUUGUGCAAAUGAGGGGGCACCAGAGAUUAACCUCUAGGUAUGUUGGUGGGGGAAUGUUGGUAUGUACAGCGAGGGCCCCAAGAAUGUGCAGGGGUUUAAAAAGAAGCCAGACUUUAUUAUGAACUGGUACUGUUAACUACCACAUAUUUGGAAUAUAGAGGGAAUGUCAGUAUUCUAAUAAUAAAUGAACAGGACCAGAAUGAAUUUUUUGUAGCAACCCUGGGAGGAAGAUUGGCCAAUUGUAUGAAAAGCAAUGGCCACUUUUGUUUUUCUGCCUGAAGUUCAAAUUUUAGUAGACAAAAAUAAUGAAAAGCUGUUAGACCCUUGCUGACCGGCAAAAAGUUAGGUGACAUCAAAAUUAGAAAGACAUUUUUGUUGGACCUGUUGAAGACAAAAUAAAGGGAAUUCAUAUGUAUUAAACAGAUUGUUUGGACCCUAAUGUAUACUAAAUACUUCAUGCUUAGCAUCUGUAAAAAGUGUUUCACCAUAUAACAGAACUAGAUCAGGAAAGGAAAAAGUUCACUAAAGAGACUUAGGCCCUGACAUGAGGUUGUCAUUCCUGUGUUUAGCUAAGGUAAAGGCUGUUAAUAAUUAAUUACUCUCUAUGGCAUAGUGAUGGCAUAUGCCAUAAUUUGGAUUCUAAAUCUUAAGAGGAUAAAUGUUUUUAGAAGACAAUAUCCUGAAGGAUAAAAAUGAUAUCAAAGACUUCCUUCCUGAGAGUAAUUGGAAAAAUGUUUCAUGUGGUACAGGGAAAAAAAUAUUGACAUUGAAGAGAGGUCCAUUGUAUUAAGCAUUUUUUCUCCUUUUUAAAUUGAAUAACCUGAGUGUGCAUAAAAUACCACUUUCUGAUUUUCUGUUUUCUGAGAGCAUUUUUUAAUAAUAAAAUUACACGGAUAGGACACAAUAGAUAGAAAGCCAGCUUUGGAGUCUUGCCUCUAACACAUACUAGGUAUGAGGCCAUAACUUCUCAGUAUCUCCAAAUAACACAAUAAAUUAUAGAUGAUCUGUAGUUCUGCAUGAGUAGAGAGAGUUCCUAUGCUAAACUAGUGAAAUUACAGGUCUAGACCAAAUAAAAAUAAUAAAAAAGUUUCCUUUUUGGUCAUUUAAAAAUUUAAAAACAAAAAUCACAGCUGAAUGCUUAAAUCAUAAGUCUAAUUUAAGACAUUUAAUUCAUAUUCUGAAAUUUGGAUCAGGCAAACUAAUUUUUACAAGUAUCAUUCUAAGAAAAUAUGGCAGCUUUAGUCCAAAAACUUCAGCUGCACAGUGACAGUGAACACAUCAACAUUGAAGGAACUUAAGUGUUUUGUUACUUGUUAUGUAUGAUUCUAGUAAAAAUUGUAUCUAAUUGCCAGUUCCAAAGUAGGAUAGUAAGGCCUACCUUGACAUACAGUACUUUGAUAAUUGCAAGGAUUUUAUUCUGUUUUUGAAUUUACUACUCUUAUCUAUAAUAUAUGAAAGGCCAUGUGGUAUAGUGAAUAGAGAACUGGCCAUUGAGGCCUGGGUUCAAAUGUGACAUAUACUGGCUGUGUGGCCCUGGGCAAGUCAUUUAAUUCUCUCAGUGCUCUAGGCAACUCUAAAUUGAAGAGAAUGUGUUGGCAUUCUUUGGUAGAGGGAGUUCCCUCAUCUGGGAGUUCUCUAGAGCAAAGAGAUUGCAUGUGUAGUCCAUCUCCUAUCCUAUGUUAGGAUAACAGUACCUUUCAAAUUUGCCGAAGUAGUUUCUAGUUACCAAGAGCUUAAAGGUGAAGCAUAUGGUCAUAAUCACAACUCAAGUGAUCAUAGAUUCUGAAUCAAAUGAAUGUGCUGUUUUACAUCAGGAAAUAUGUAUUUGAAAAGUUGCUGGAAUAUAAUUAAUUUAAAGAUGUGGUAUCUUUUUGCUUGCUAGUUUGGUAAUGUGAGUUGCCAUUCCUCGGGAGCUACUAGGACUGUUUGUGCUUUGCUUACAUUUCUCUUCAAAGCCAAUGGUUUAUGGAGCUUCAAAACUGUCAGUAUUCUAGUAUUUUUAGAAAUGAUCACUUUGAAACUCACCCUGUGCAUGUCUUGAAGAAAUGGAAUUUAAAACAUCAGUUGAUCAUAUGUUCUGGUGUAAUUGGAUGUUUGCUAAUGAUUACUCAUGUAUUGAGAAGUGGUAUCUUGGCAACUUGGUUAAUCAUCUUAGGAACAAAAAAUAAGAACCUUGUUUGACUUUAUUAGUCAUUUAUUGGAGUAUAUGGGAGAAAAGGCAGUUGGAUUUUUAAAAAAUCUAUAUCAAAAAUGGAAUAAGUAGUUAAAGAUUCCAUUUAAAUAAAUGAAUAUUUUCUUUUAAGCUUCAUUAUUUUUGCCCCAAAGCUAUAACAUUCAUGCUAAAAUAUUAAACCAUGCUGGUAAAAAAAAAUUCUCAAAUUGGUGAAAGUAUUUCCAGAUAGGAAGCAAAUCAUUAUUGUGAUUUUACUUCAGAUAUUGUUCCAUUAAGUUUGAGGAAAGGUUUGAAAUAAACUCUUAUUUUUCAAGAAAAAAGUUCAUACUU